CUUUCUUGAAAUCGCGCUCACGGUAAAGUGUAGAGGCAUCAGACCCACGGCUCAAUCUCAGGCCGACCAUCGGCUCUUCCUCUUCUUCUCCAGUAGUUCCCAUUCCUUUUGUUCAAAAAGAGAGGAAAAUGGACAAGUCUAGUGGCUGUUCCAAAUGCGGCGGUAAAUCUCUGAGCACCGAUGAUGUUACGGGUAACAUGUACUGUAAUAGCUGUGGCCAACUUCAAGAAUUCGACAAUUACCAACAAACAUUCUAUAACAUCGAUGGCCCUACUGGAACUUAUAUCCGAACUGGUACCUCUGGCACCGGCACUUUUUACAAUUACAAGGAGACCAAGAUAUACAAAGCCAAGCUUAUAAUUGAAGAUCUAUUGUCCUUUCUUGACUUUUCUCAAACUAGAAAAGACCAAGUUAGGAUCAUGGUUCAUACCAUUACAGAAGGCGAGUAUGGUCAGGGGGAUUGGUUCCCUGUCUUGGUUGGGGCUUGUGCUUACGUGGUUAUGAAAAACGAGAACACUUCCUUAUUGCUGUCUGAAGUUGCAGAUAAGGUCAAUUGCGAGCUUUACGAACUCGGAAGAAUGGUGCAUCGAGUUGUCGAUUUUCUCGACAUGAAUUUACCUGAAUUCAACAUUGUUUCUGUUUUCGAGAGAAGGUGUCGAUCUUAUUUCCAUAAUGUUCCGGAAGAGAAAUUUGGGAUAAUGCUCAAACAAGGUAUAUUUCUGGUUCAAUGUAUGGUGAAAUGGUAUUUGACAACAGGACGACGGCCACUUCAAGUGGUGGCGGCGGUUUUGCUACUGGUUGCUCAGUUGAACGAUAUGGAUGGAGUUAGAAUUGAAUCCAUUGCUAGUGAAUUGAAUGUUCCUGUUUCAACUUGCAGAUUGCGUUACAAAGAGCUCCUUGAUUCUCUUGUAAAAGUUGCCAAACCGUUGCCUUGGGGGAAAGAUGUUACGGUCAAGAACAUUGUGAAAAAUGCUCCCUUUGUUAUUCAAUAUAUGGAGAUGAAAUCAAUGGUGAAAACCGGUAAUAAGAGUAAAAGUACAGCUCCUAUUGAGUUCGACUUGAGCAAUCUAGUUGAGGAAUCGUUGAUGAGAGAAGAAUAUUACGGAAUUGAUAACGAAAAAGACGAGUUGACGUCCAAAGAUGCCUGCUACUUUGAACCGAAACAUUCAUUACCAUCUGACGUCGACGAGUUGGAGAAUCUCAAGAUCUCGCCUGAUUGCUUGUUUAAGAUUUAUUCGGAAAUGUGGAAUGAAGUCAGCACGAAGGCUUGUCAAAGAUCUCACGCGAGGAAAAAGAGAGGCGAAUUCGUGGGUGGUGUUUCGGAUUGCAUUGAUUGGUGGAAGGGGGAAUCGGAACUGAGCAAGAAGCUUGUUAUCAAGAAGAUAUUGGAGAAAGAUGUAGGAUUGAUUGCCGAGCCUCCAGCUUUUACUGCUGGUUGUUUGAUUUAUGAAAGGAGAAGGGAGAAGAUAAGGGCAGCCAAGCAGCGGAUUGAUAAGAUCAUGUGCCCAUGGAAACUCGGCGAGGGAGAGUGCAAAACAAGUGUGGGGAAGAGAAAGAGAUCGACGAAAAAGGCUACUGAUUCUGAUUGGGAAGACAUGAUUAUUGAAACGCUUCUUCUCCAUAUGGUAAAGGAAGAAGAGAUCGAAAAGGGAUAUUACAACACAUUGAUAGAUUUGUACGUCUUUAAUCCUGUUUCUGCAGACUGCAUCUAGUGGAGGAUACUCAGAUUCAUGCUUGGGCAUGCUCGUAAACAGUUUUAUGCCGCCUCGUUCUUUCAUGGAGUUUCUAAAGCAGAAACAAGGUUUAUCAAGAAAGGGACAGGUUGUUUAUUGUGUGCAUUCUGCUCUGAAAGACAUUUCAGACUUAGUGCCUCUUGCACCUUUGAGGUUAUUGCCCAUAAUUCUUCAGAAACUGCCUACUACAUUUGCACAAGAGAAAGUGAUGAUUGUAUAUGUGGAAAACAUGUUGAGACUGGAAGAAUGUGCUCUAGGGGACCUAAUUGGAAACAUGAUGCUUACUGCAUUGGUGGAUAGGCUUAUAAUAUUUGAUGUAGAGAUAGAAUGGAAAGAUAUGAUGAUGUGAUUUCAAUGAAGGGAUAUUUGAGAUGGAACUAGAAGAUUUAGAUGAUAUUCUAGAUGAUGCUGAGACAGAAGGUUUUGAACUUCCUGGAGGAUUCCCAGGUAGGAAUAAUUUAAAGGCCAAUAAAGUGGCAGAGACAUUGGACAAUUUGUUGGUGCUAAUGUUUGAAUAUCUUAAAACAUGUCAUGAAAGUGUCUGUCUGGUGGGGGUAAAGGUGCUAAUUUACAUUAUUAUUUACAAGUAAAAAUUGUCUGAAAGACUGCUCAAGUGUUAAGUGCUUUGAAAUGCUCUAAGUGUUAAGAGUUUUGAAAUAAGAGGCGAGUCUCAGGUUUGUUCGAUUGUGUGUGUGUCAUGAUCAUGAUGGUGGGAUGAUGCGCUGGCCACCUCCAGAGAAA